UUCGGUUUAUUAAACUGUGUCCUACCAUUCAAUAACUGAAUGAAGCUAUGAAGAACGUUCUGUUCCGCCAUCAGUUGUCAACAUGUCGUCUGAUGCAAGUGGAAUAACCCUUACUGCGAUAAAGGGUAAGAACUCCGAUGACUAUUCGACAGGAGGACACAAUCAGGGUAUCAUCAAUACAGGGUUUUCAUUGACAGAAAAUGAGGGAACAGAGACAAAAUAUAAUGCUACAGAAAUAAACAAUGAUGGCGACGUGGGACAAUCCAAGGACGAUGACGAGAAGAGAGGCUUGAAUGAUCCCCGUACCUCCCCACAGAUAUUAACUGGCUUGCAAUAUAAAGUGGACGACUGCCCACCAUGGCAUACGACAAUACUUCUUGGUUUCCAGCACUAUCUUAUGCUGUUAGGCUCCAACCUUGCUACGCCUGCUAUUUUCGCCACGAUAAUGUGUGCUGCCGGGAACAAACAAGUCACGUCGACUUUAAUGGGAAACAUGUUGUUUGCUUGUGGCAUUGGUACAGUUUUACAGACCAUAUUUGGAAGCAGACUGCCCAUUGUCCAGUGCCCGGCAUUUGCCUACGUAGUGCCUAUGUUGGCGAUGAUCGAGAUUGAAGAAUUCUCAUGUCCGGAUUUUUCCGGCGUUGGCAACGCUACUGUUGGAGACACUGGGCUAUCGGAGGACGAAUAUUGGAAGACACGCCUGAAUAUGCUGGCGGGAUCUGGAAUGGUAGCAGCAGUCGUAGAAAUCGUUAUCGGUGCCAGUGGUCUUAUCAACAUUUUACUGCGGUUUAUAGGCCCGCUUACAGUCGCACCAACCAUCAUGAUGAUUGGUCUAGGAGUCACAAAACUGGGCUUUGAGCUUGCGGGGAAACACUGGGGCAUUGCUUUAGGAACGAUUAUAAUGAUCGUGGUACUAUCGGAGUGUAUACCUAAGUUCACCAUUAAAGUACCAUGUAGAUGCUCAAAUUUCCCAGCUAAAACUGAUGUUGUCUUUCACAAAAUGUUCUCGGUUAUAAUUUCCGUUUGUAUAAUGUGGUUGUUGUGCUAUAUCCUUACCAUAACCAACGUAUUUCCUGAAGAUAAAACGGCCUACGGUUAUGAUGCCCGGACGGACCUACGAACAGAAUACAUGCAUGAUGCACCUUGGUUUUCUUUUCCGUAUCCAGGAAAGUUUGGUAUACCAGCGUUUAAUACUGCCAUGUUUGUGGGGAUGAUUGCCGGUGUGUUGACAUCCAUCAUAGAGUCAAUAGGCGACUAUUACACGUGUGCACGUAUCGCAGGGGCGGUUCCCCCUCCUCCUUCUGCUGUCAACAGAGGUAUCCUUCUAGAAGGUAUCGACUGUAUCCUUGCUAUAUUGGUUGGAUCUGGUUUUGGAGUGACAUCAUGCAGCCAGAAUAUUGGUGUUAUUAGUCUUACCAAGGUUGGCAGUCGUCGCGUUGUUCUUGUGGCUGGGUUUUUGUUGAUGUUUUUUGGCUGCUUUAGCAAGAUGAGUGCAUUUGUUGUCACGGUACCUGAUCCCAUUAUAGGAGCCGCAUUCAUCGUCUUAUUUGCUGUGUUAACCGCCGUAGGAGGAUCAAAUCUACAGUACGUUGACCUCAACUCCCCUAGGAACAUGAUAGUGAUGGGCAUGGCUUUGUUUGUUGGUCUGGCAUUACCCCCAUGGCUCACCGACAAUCAGGAUUUAUUCUUGCAGCUUGAUUCUGGAGCACGGCAAGUGGUCACAGCGUUAUUGGGAAACAAUAUAUUUAUGGCCUGUUUUACGGCAAUCCUACUGGAUAACCUCAUGCCAGGUACUGUAGCGGAACGUGGUCUGGUUGCCUGGCGACAAGUAUUUGAAGACGGUGGAUCUGGUGAUGGAGACGAUAACAACAACAGGAUGACAUUGAAGACGUAUGACUUUCCAUUUGGCAUGAGUUACAUACGGAAAUGGAAAUGGACCUAUUAUAUUCCCUUCUCUCCUACUUUUCGUGGAUUGAGAACGCGCUGUUUGGGCAAAAAGGAUCGGGAAAUGCAUGUUUUUACUGAUACUAAACAAAAUCAUAAUGCCACAGUUUAAUAGUAAUUCAUUGAUGAACUUGUUAAAUACUUCAAUUCAAUUGUAUAAUUAUAAUCAGACCUAAUUAACCUGUUUCUAAAUACCUGUAAUAUAGACAUAUCACUUAAUAGUUGCAUUUAUACAGAUGUUUUUACAUUAUAUUGAAAUGUCCUUUAGUAGUUGCGUUCAUACAUAUGUAUUUACUUAAGGAUUACGCUUAUUUCAUGAUUUAAUAACUUUCUCAUUGGUUUUGGUAUUCAUGUCACAAAUAAAAUGUGCCCACUGAAUAGAAAAAGAUGUAAUUUAAUACAUGUAUUCUAACUAGAACAUUACCCAAAGUGCACUGAACUGAUGUUGAAAGGACACGGUAUGCUGUCGCCAAUAUUACGUCUCAUUGAAUUCAAAUAUAGUAAUUACUUAAAUGUACAACCUGCAGUCGAUUUGUGAACGGUGAUUUUGAACCCUUUAUCUAAAAGCGUAACAGUUUGAAUUGUGAAUCCUCGGGACAGACAAACAUUGGAAGCAUUUCUUUGUCACGUCCUUGAGGUAGAUAUUUAUUGUUUUAGAUUUUGAAAAGGUGUACUACCUUGUAUGAUAGCAAGAUAUAACUUUCUAAAAAAAAAAAAAAAAAAUCAAAAUCAAAAUCAAGUCGGCAAAUGUAGAAAAGGAGAUUGUAUAUAUGGUUUAACCUAACUGUAUGUACUAAGAUAUCUCCAUCAAUGGAGCAUAUGGUGUACCAAGAAUCAAAACACGAUCACUAUGUAAUCCUUAGUAUCUUUGUUCAUGACAUACGUCGUAUUAGGUCGAAACAUUACUAAUUUGGAAGUAGCCCAGAGCGCACGGACACGGAAACAUAUAACGUAUAAACAUUUUGUUGACGCGGUAUUGUAUAAAGUACCGAUACACUUGGGCAGAACUACAGGAAUGUAUCAUAGUGACAUACUACAGAGAGACCUAUCGGUGUACGACGUUUAGACGACUGGAAAAUACGAUGGCCGAUAUCAGCCGUCAAAUUACUCGCAUUUAUGUGAUGCGAGUAACAUAACAUGAUACAAAUCACAUGACGGGUUACUCUUAUGUGAUGCGAGUAACCUGACAUAGUAAAAAUCACAUGACGGGAUACUCUGAUGUGAUGCGAGUAACAUGACAUAGUAAAAAUCACAUGACGAGUUACUCUCAUGCGACAUAGUAAAAAAUCACAUGACGGGUUACUCUCAUGUGACAUAGUAAAAAAUCACAUGACGGGUUACUCUCAUGUGACAUAGUGAAAAAUCACAUGACGGCUUACUCUCAUGUGAUGCGAGUAACCUGACAUAUUAAAAAUCACAUGACGGGUUACUCUCAUGUGAUACUAUUAAUUGUUCGCAACAUUGAAGUAAGUGACAAUACACAUGUAAAAUCCAUUAACAUUCCAGGGUUAACACGUGUUUCACAUCAACAUAGCAAAUUAAAACCUUUUCUUUGAUUAUUUGUGUUGCAUUCAAAAUCUCUUGUCCAAUGUCAAUUAAGCAAUUUUUCUUAUUUUCUCAAUUCUUUUUGUGAAUAAAACCAAUUCCCCCAAUUUGGUUCUCGGGAAUUUUUUCUACCACAUAAAUAUACCAAUCUACAGGAAAUAUCAAAAAGAAAUUCUGUUGCAAUUAGUCUGUGGUCAAAUCAUGAAUUGACUAGACUACACGAACUCCAUUGUAUAAUAUGCAUGCCACACCUUGACUUAUAAACCCGGUUUAAUCAGGACAAAACAAAAUUACGUAAAUAUUCGACAGUCGCCACGAUAACCUCUUUUGAAAGGUCAAGUAAAAGUAUACUCUGGAAUGUUAAUGGGUUUUGUAAGUGAACUCUCAUCCCCUUCGUGACUGUGUACGGUUACUCGCAUCACAUGUUAGUAACCUGAGGUGAUUUUGCCUAUGUCAGGUUAUUCGCAUCACACGAGAGUAACAUGUCAUGUGAUUUUUACUAUGCCAGGUUACUCGCAUUACAUAAAUGCGAGUAACGUGACGGCUGAUAUCGGCCAUCGUAGGAAAAGUCUGUGACGCCUAGCCUCAAGUGCCGUUCAAAUGUCAUCUAUAGCAAACAUAUACCACCUUUAUGUCGCCAGAAACUUCAAAUGACGCGUUAAUGUUUCAUUUUAUAGACAUGUUUUUUUUUUCAUUUUUCUCCUUUUCACUCAAACAUGUUUCAUUGAACAUUUGAAUUUGAUUUUGUACGUAAAAUACUACAUGGCUCGUUGAUUUCAACGCAUCAUAACCUUAUCUCAGCAUUUAAGGGUACUUCUAGCAUCAUUUUUGUAUGUACUUUCCUUGGAUAAUAAGCUACUCAUAAGUGA